AUGGAGUUCAGUUUUUAUGCCAACGGGACUGAUCCUGACCCCGAUGCUCGAAACAAAUCAGCCUCAAUUCUCCCAAGACUACCGGCCCUUAUAAUUAGAGCACAGUCUACUGGUGGUCCGAAGACAGGUGCAGAGUUGCGCUACAGUUUUCUCUCAAAAACGGAGCUACCAAGCGAGUUUCAGGAGAUAAAUGUACCAAAAAGUAGCCACGGCUUAAAUAUUGCGUAUACGAUGGUGAGAAGGAGUCUAUGCCUAGCACUCUGGAAAGCUAGUAGAAAAGUUUGGUUGGACCUGUGCUCGCGGGUCACUAACUGGUUUUACGGAAGCUGGGUAACAAAGCCUUAA